GCUUUAUAUUGAAUGAAAGGACCGUUUCUUUGGGGAUUUGUGUAUAAAUCACUUUUCAGAUUCAGAAAACCGACAUUUAAGUUUCUUUAAAGUCCAUUUCAAUUGAACAAAGAGGAUCUCAUUAGGAAAUCUGCCAACAUCCCAGAUUAUUAAUUCGAUUUCUCGCCUUUCAUCCACGCAGACUCAACAUUCCUAGUCAAUUAAUAAAACAUUCAGACCCUGCGUUUACUACAGAAGGACUUCGCUUCUGAUCCUCAAAAUCCUGAAAAAACAUUCAACUAUGUUAGAUAAUUAAAUCGCAUGCAAAUGUACGAGGAGGUAGUUUAAAUAUUCAAACAAGCAGAUUUCAGGGAAGGCGCGACGCCUAAAUAAUUUUAGCAAUUGCAAGAACAAUAUGGGAUUGCUAUAACUAACCAGAAAUCUAACUUGUAUGCUGACAAGCGUAAAUCAUUGAUUUUGCCAGGGGUAAUCCAAUUACUUAUAACAGCUGCAAUAAUAUAUCAAUUAUUUUACUAUUUUCAGCCAAAUCAAACAAAGCCUAAGAAUGAAAAAGCAUAAAGUGAGAAUUCUGAUUAGGGAGUAGGUAGAAUGGAUCGAUUUUAUAACAUAUUGCGAAACAAUCAGAGUGUUCAAGAGGAGAGAAAUAUUCCUACUCGUUUUAAUGAUGUGUUGGGAAUAGAUGAAUUCAAAGAAGAGUUGGAGGAGAUAGUUGAAUUUUUGAAGAAUCCUAAAAAAUAUACUGACUCAGGAGCUAAACUACCAAAAGGCAUUCUAUUAGUUGGACCUCCAGGAACAGGGAAGACUCUUUUGGCAAGAGCAUUGGCUGGUGAAGCUGGAUGCGCCUUUUUUUACAAAUCUGGAUCUGAAUUUGAUGAGAUGUUUGUUGGUGUUGGAGCUUCAAGAGUCAGAGAAAUAUUUAAAGCAGCGAGGGCUAAGGCUCCUUCAAUUAUCUUCAUAGAUGAAAUAGACAGUAUAGGAGGGAGAAGAAGAGCUUAGGAUCCAGGGUAUUCAAGAGAUACUAUAAACUAAAUUCUUACAGAGAUGGAUGGAUUCAAAUAGACUGAGAGUGUCAUUGUGAUAGGAGCCACCAAUUUUGAAUAAGUUUUAGACCCAGCAUUAAAACGACCAGGGAGAUUCGAUAAGAUGAUUCAUGUUCCAUUGCCUGAUGUAAAAGGAAGAGAAUAAAUAUUUUCUUAUUAUUUAAAUAAGAUUAAAUUUGAAGAAAAGAAAGUCUUGCCUUCAAACUUGGCCAGAUAAACUAGUGGAUUCAGUGGUGCUGAUAUUCAGAAUAUGGUCAAUGUAGCUAUUUUGAAUGCAAUCAAAUACGACAGAUAAAUAGCUACAACUGAAGAUUUUGAGUUUGCAAUCGAUAGAAUAUCAAUGGGAAUAGGAAGAAAGAAUAUGCAUGUGAGUGAUAAGGAGAAAUUGAUGACAGCUUAUCAUGAGGGUGGACAUGCCCUCACUAGUUUAUUAACAGUUGGAGCUAUGCCAUUACAUAAAGUAACGAUAUUGCCUAGAGGAGGAGCCUUGGGAUUUACAGCAAUGCUACCAGAAAAAGAUCAAUUGAACUAUACAAGGAGGGGAAUUAUCGCCUCAAUUGAUGUGGCCAUGGGAGGGCGAGCAGCAGAAGAUCUGUUUCUUGGAAGGGAUGAUAUUACGAGUGGAUGCAGCAAUGACUUGGCAAAAGCAACAGAUUUGGCUUAUAUGUUUGUGAAGUAAUUGGGAAUGGAUGAUAAGAUUUCCUUGAUUUCUAUUCAAGGGGACAGAGUCAAAACUAGUGAUUAGUUUGAUUAUAUGGUUGAUAUGGAGGUAAAGAAGAUUCUGGAGGAAUCUUAUAACCGAGUGAAGACAUUGUUGAAAUCAAAUGAAAAUAAACUUAAAGCGUUGGCCACUGAGUUGGUCAAGAAGGAGACCUUGUCUGCUGAAGAAAUCAGAAAGCUUUUGCAAAUCAAAUGA